AUAGGAGGAGCAAGUAGUACUGUUUGCAUUGCGCAGGCAGCCGCAACAAGCAACCAGCCAGUUGCAGCGGAGGAAACAAUAAGUUAAUGCGGCUUGGGCUGCUCGCAAUCAGCAGGUCAAUACUCCUUCGCCUCCAUCCUCCUCCGCCUGCCGCCUCCUCUGCAUCCGCAGCGAUGUUGGAUCCACCGCCCCACUACCACAGAUAGCGUCGGCGGCGGCGGGGUCGGCGGUGGCGUGAUGAAAAACUUCCUCAGGAAGCUCCACAUCGGCGACUCCGCCAGCGACGGCGCCUCGUCGCCCGCCCCUCCCGCACCGUCCUCCAAAAAGGGUGGAGGCGGCGGGGGAGCUGGGGGACACCACGAGCAUAAGCAUGCGUCUGGAAUCUCGAGCUGGCUCAGUUCCGUAGCUGGACGGCCGCCGCCGCCGCCGCCGCCUUUGCCGACGGCUGCGGCUGCGGCGGCGGCGCUGGAGACGGAAGCAGAGGAGUUGGCGUUGGCGUCGUCGGUCGAGGAAAGGAUGGUGGAGGAGGAGGAGAUGGCGAAGAGGGAUACACGGGACGAGGGGAGGAAGAGGGCGAUGGAGAAGCAGGAGGUGGAGCUGGAGGAGUACCACAUGCAGCUGGCGCUGGAGAUGAGCGCGCGGGAGGACCCCGAGGCGAUGCAGAUCGAGGUGGCCAAGCAGAUCAGCCUCGGUUCCUGCCCGCUCCAGAGCUCCGCCGCCGAGGUCGUCGCCUUCCGCUAUUGGAGUUUCAACGCCCUUAGCUACGAUGACAAAAUCUUGGAUGGUUUCUAUGACAUUUGGGUCAUUGGUGACAAGCCUCCAUUGUCAACCAUACCCUCUCUGAUGGAACUGCAUCAGCAACCUUUUUCGCAUGGAGCCAAAACAGAAGCUGUAUUGGUCAACAGAGCAGAAGACUCUGAGCUUGCAGAACUUGGGCAGAAGGCAUUCAUCAUGGCUGCGGAAUUUCGCUCAAAAACUUCACAUUCUGUUGACCGUAUUUUGGUUCAGAGGUUAGCUGUUUUAGUUGCAAAUUACAUGGGUGGACCAGUGUUUGAUCCAGGAAACGUGCUGUUGAAGUACCAGAAUAUGAGCAGUUCGCUGAGAGCUACUAUAAGAAGUGCAGUUAUGCCUCUGGGCCGGCUAACAAUUGGUCUGGCUCGUCACCGUGCACUGCUUUUCAAGGUGUUGGCCGACAACCUUGCUGUUCCUUGUCGACUAGUUAAAGGAAGGCAGUACACUGGAUCAGACGAUGAAGCCUUGAACAUUGUGAAAUUCAAUGAUGGAAGGGAGUACAUUGUUGAUCUCAUGUCAGAUCCUGGUACUCUCAUUCCUUCGGAUGGUGCAGACUUGGGUAGAGAAUUUGAAGAAAGUUUCUUUGCAGAUAAUCACCAUGGUAGCAAAGAUGAUGGAAACACACAGCUGGGUUCUUCCUUUAGUGAAGCUUCGAGUUCUGUGUUUGGUUCUUUUGAGAACGACACACUUGAAAAAGGAUCCACACCUAACAAUGGUGGGCACUCAGGUCCCUAUGGCACAACAUCUGGCCAGACUGGCAACCAAGGGUCUUUGCAAUCAAGUUCGCUUGGUGAACUGUCUGUUAGCUCACAUGCAAGUGAAAGUUUACCUAUUAUUCAUGAAUCGAGAAAUAUAGACCAUACUGUGACUGUGAAGAACAAAGAAAAGUCAAUUGCAGCAAAUAAUUCAUCAUCAAGUUCCCCGUCAUCUUCUGAGGUAGGCAAUGAUCCAGCUGUACGGAGAACAAAAGUAAAAGAUGUCUCGGAGUAUAUGAUUAGUGCUGCGAAAGAUAACCCCCAGUUAGCCGAGAAGAUCCAUGCUGUAUUACUUGAAAAUGGAGUUGUGCCACCACCUGAUCUGUUUUCAGAAGAAUCUAGGGAACAGCCAAAAGACCUUAUUGUGUAUGACACAUCUCUGUUUCAAACGAAAGGUGAAAUGAUAAAGAGGAUGAAUGAGCUUGAAUCCACAACACACGACCACCGUGGUCAUGAUCCUUCCUUGCAACAUCAUCAUGGACAUGAACUCCAAAAGAAGGGUGUUCCGCACCGGAUGCCUCUGGAUCUUAAACCUGUCCAGGGGUUGGGUAUUCAUCAUUCCUCAGACUUCCGGGAUAACAGCAAUCCCUCUUUACCUCUGUAUGAACCAUCCGCAGUUACCCGGGAAUAUCCAUUUCAACUUUUAACGCAAAUGCCUGUUACAGCUGCUGCCGUUGCAACUGCUGCAGUGGUUGCAUCUUCAAUGGUCGUCGCUGCAGCUAAAUCUAACAGUGAUAUUAAACUAGAUGUGCCUGUUGCUGCUGCUGCCACUGCUGCUGCAGUUGUUGCUACAACCGCUGCUGUUAACAAGCAAUACGAAUACUUGGAUCCCGGUUGUCUGCUUAGCUUGCCAAGUUCUUCAGAGGCAAGUGAAUCUGUCCGGAGAGGUAGACAUGACUUCUGGGAUAAAGAUCAGUUGGAAAUUGAUCAUGGACAAGAUAACAAUGCCCUUGAGCAAGGAAAUGCUUUGGUUGAUGUGCCUCAGGAAGCUGAAAGGAUAUCUGACAAGUCAAUUGGAACAGAGAGUGUAAGAUCUGAUAUAGCUCUGGAUGAUGUUGCGGAGUUUGAAAUCCAAUGGGAAGAAAUUACUCUGGGAGAACGUGUUGGGCUAGGAUCAUUUGGAGAAGUGUACAGAGGGGAAUGGCAUGGAACGGAAGUUGCAGUCAAGAAAUUCUUGCAACAAGAUAUUUCAAGUGAUAUUCUGGAAGAAUUAAAAGCUGAGGUGCGAAUAAUGAAGAGAUUGCGGCAUCCAAAUGUUGUUCUUUUUAUGGGUGCUGUCACUCGUGUACCUAAUCUUUCUAUCUUGACUGAGUUUCUUCCAAGAGGUAGUUUGUUUCGGCUGAUCCGUCGGCCAAACAACCAGUUGGAUGAAAGAAAACGUAUAAGGAUGGCACUUGAUGUGGCCCGUGGUAUGAACUAUUUGCAUAAUUGCACCCCUGUUGUAGUCCAUCGAGAUUUGAAGUCUCCAAAUCUACUUGUUGACAAGAACUGGGUUGUGAAGGUCUGUGAUUUUGGUUUAUCACGUAUAAAGCAUAGUACCUUCCUCUCCUCAAGAUCUACAGCUGGAACAGCGGAGUGGAUGGCGCCAGAAGUACUUCGAAAUGAACCAUCAGAUGAGAAAUGUGAUGUUUUCAGCUAUGGGGUUAUAUUAUGGGAACUGUGUACAUUACUGCAGCCAUGGGAAGGUAUGAAUCCCAUGCAAGUUGUUGGAGCUGUUGGUUUUCAGCAACGGCGCCUUGACAUUCCGGCGGACGUGGAUCCUGCUGUAGCAGAGAUAAUACAGAGAUGCUGGCAGACAGACCCAAAGAUGCGGCCAUCAUUUUCUGAGAUCAUGGCUGCCUUAAAACGGGUAUUGAAAAAUUUGUCUGCCAACCAACCAAGAAGACAGCGGGUACAGCAAACAGACGACUAAGAAAAACUGUAGAUCAACAUCAGCUGACAACAUACGGAAAAAAACAAUGGUGGAUUGGUCUUUCAUGCCUUCCAGCAGCUGCCCAUCUGUAACUAUACCAUUAUUUUGUAUAGCAACAUCAAAUGGAUGUCAGGGAUAGAACAGCUGAGAUGAGAUUUUGUUCUUUCUGUUCUCCAAGUACAGCUGUAAAGUUUCCACUGAAGCUGGCAAAGAUCUGCAUAGCAUUACUGCUUUGGUCAGUCGGAUGGAAGACAAUCCAAGUAUAAAUCCAUGCAUCAAGCAAAGAAGAAUUUUGAAGGAAAAUUACUGCACAACGAUAUUGGGCAAUAACACGUCUGAGUUCAGACUUGGAACUCGGCGUGUCAGGUAGAAUGGGAUCCUCCUUUCUCUAGUCAUGUUUUCUGUUUUUCAGUCCUCCACCCAAAGGUGGAGUAUUCAUGUUUAGGAUCAUCAGUUUUGAUGUUAUUCAACAGAAAUGUCGUUUCACCUUUUGCAUCAGGCUUGAACCACUGUGGCAGCUCCUUAUGUAUAUCACACCUGGGCAAAUUUGUCAGAAUUGGCAGUUAGAUUGCAAAAGAAAAUCUGUUCGUUGUACUUGA